GGAGCAGGGAUAAAGUGCUGUUUAUGCAGCUGUGGGAUGAGAAAAAACUUCUUAGGCGUAUCAAGGAUCUGCUGCCCUGUCCAGCAAAGACACUGCUGACAGGAUCUUUAUUCCUACAGCUCAGCCUUCAGCUCCCUUUACCGAGCUAGGGAAAAAAGAAAAAUAAUCCAGUAAUAGUAGCUAUCAGAAAAUUGGUGUACAAUGCCACAGAACGUCGUUCUCCCAGGACCUGCUCCUUGGGGAUUCAGGCUGACAGGAGGGAUAGAUUUUAACCAGCCUUUGAUCAUAACCAGGAUUACUCCAGGAAGUAAGGCUUCAGCAGCCAAUUUAAGUCCUGGUGAUGUCAUUCUAGCUAUUGAUGGCUAUGGUACAGAGAACAUGACUCAUAAUGAUGCACAGGAGAGAAUUAAAGCAGCAUCACAUCAACUUUGUCUCAAAAUUGAGAGGGCAGAAAGUAGAUUAUGGUCUCCACAAGUUUCAGAAGAUGGCAAAGCUCAUCCCUUUAAAAUAAAUUUGGAAGCUGAUCCACAGGAUACGAAUUACUUUGAACACAAGCAUAAUAUUCGUCCCAAACCUUUCAUAGUCUCAGGCCGAAGCAGUGGAGGCAGUACUCCUUCCGGUAUUGAUGGUGGCAGUGGACGUAGUACCCCCUCUUCUGUUAGCACUAUCUGCCCUACUGACUUGAAAGCUGCAUCUAAGAUGGCCCCUAACAUUCCCUUGGAAAUGGAACUUCCUGGUGUCAAGAUUGUACAUGCUCAGUUUAAUACACCUCUGCAGAUGUACUCAGAUGAUAAUAUAAUGGAAACACUGCAGGGCCAAGUUUCUACAGCUCUGGGGGAAAAUCCCUCAAUGAGUGAACCAGUGCCAACCUCUGUACCUCAAUCUGAUGUGUACAGGAUGCUGCAUGACAGUCCGGAAGGGCCCAGUCAACCACGUCAAUCUGGCUCAUUUAAGGUGCUCCAGGAUUUAGUCUCCGAGGAUUCUGAUGGACGUCCCAUUGGUACCAGGAGCGUGAGAGCACCAGAAACAAAGAUGCCUUCUGGUGCAGGAAGUGUACAAAAACUGCCAUUGUGUGACAAAUGUGGAAAUGGCAUUGUUGGUGCAGUGGUGAAGGCGCGUGACAAGUACCGGCACCCAGAAUGCUUUGUGUGCUCUGACUGCAAUACCAACCUAAAACAAAAGGGCUACUUCUUUGUGGAGGGACAAUUAUACUGUGAAACUCAUGCACGAGCCCGCAUGAGGCCACCAGAGGGAUACGAAGCAGUUACCGUUUAUCCAAAGUGCUAGUCCUGUGCUAACAGACACACAUGCAUGCACACAAAAAGACAAUAACAGCUUAGAGCCACACACUACAACUGACUGAACUUACUGCCUUAAUCCAAAGUAGCAGAUUUUCUUUUGGAGGUGGGAGUGAUGCAGAAGCUUCAUUAGCCAGCAAUAGCAUAUAUACCAGAAACAUUUUGCAAAGUAAUUAUCUUUGAAGCUGCCAGUGUAAUUUAAUGGAGUAUAAGGCAGCAACUCCCAUAACUCAAUCCCUCAAAGGGUCAGUCCAUUAAAAAAAGCAGGAAUUUUACACCUAUAUUACCAAACUGCAGUUAUCAAUGUCUGCUUCAGCCAUAAAAUCAUUCAACUAUCAUUACCCUAUGCCACAAAAACAAGCUUUGCUUUCCUUACUUUGAUAUUUGAGAGUCUAUUUGUUUACACCUCCUGGUGCAACAAAUGUAAUAAAAGACUGGUAUUAAUUUUAUAUAAUAGAACAGCAAGCACAGUGAAGCUUGCUUAUAGUAGAGUAGAAUGCAUGUCCCAUAUUUCAAUGAACUGCAGAGUGCAAACUACAAUGAGAGUGUGUUUUCAUUUACUUACCAUGAAAUUCUGAUGGAGACAUGCAAAUGCAAACACACA